AUGCGAGAGGUUAUCAGUGUCCACGUUGGUCAAGCCGGUGUUCAAAUUGGUAAUGCUUGUUGGGAGCUUUACACCCUUGAGCACGGUUUGAGCCCUGAUGGUCGUCUCAUCGAGGGCACCUCCCACGGUGGUGAUGAUGGGUUCUCUACCUUCUUCUCUGAGACCGGUUCCGGAAAGCACGUACCCAGAUCUCUCUACGUCGACCUUGAACCCAAUGUCAUUGAUGAAGUACGAACUGGUACCUACCGAAGUCUCUUCCACCCUGAGACCAUGAUCAGCGGAAAGGAGGAUGCGGCUAACAACUGUGAGUAA